GUCAUCGCGCGCCUGCCAGGAUCCGCCCGCGGUGAUGAUGGAGGAGGAAGAGGGGGCCGAGGAGCAGCAGCGAUUCUCUUACCAACAGAGGCUAAAGGCAGCAGUUCACUACACUGUUGGCUGUCUUUGUGAGGAAGUUGCGUCGGACAAAGAGAUGCAGUUCAGCAAACAAACCAUUGCAGCGAUUUCGGAGGUGACUUUUCAACAGUGCGAAAAUUUUGCCAAAGACCUUGAAAUGUUUGCAAGACAUGCGAAAAGAAGCACCAUUAACACUGAAGAUGUGAAGCUCUUAACCAGGAGGAGUAAUUCACUGCUAAAAUACAUCACAGAGAAAAAUGAAGACAUCGCUCAGUUUAACCUGGAACGAAAAGCAAAGAAGAAAAAGAAGUUAGAGGAUGAAAACAAAAAUUCAGUGGAGCCAGCAGAGGCUGGUGUAGUGGAAAGUGAGAAUUAAAGUCUGUCGCCAUUUGGAAAAAGCAGCCUUCAGGUAGAGCCACUAAAAACAUGUAUUGCCAACAAAGGGUUUUGAAAGGAUUAAGUGGAUAUUACAAAAAAAAAGGCUUGGGGGCUUUUUGUACUGUAUUCUCCAAGUCACUGACUGCAAAAGGUGGUUUAAAAGAGAACUAGAAACUCUUAAGCAAAAUACUCCCAUGUCUUACUGAAGCACAUGAAAAAAGUGUGUGUUUGAAUGGUAUAUAUUGGAAAUUGUAUCUAUUGCAGUUAAUAAAAUUGUGUUAGCAA